AUGCCUCCCAUCGAAGUCCUUGUGCCACAACCUCGUGAGUCUCGCGCUCGGCUCCGGUCCACCACACCGCCUGCAGGGCGACCCACAACGCCGGAUUCUGCACGCAAAGCGAGGGUGGACAAGGAUCAGAAGAAGGAGCUGCAAAGGAACGGUGCUAUGACCAUUCCGUUCCAUGAUGGGCCCAAAUCUUCAGCGCCGCAGCCUCCGAAGGCAUUCCUUGACCGCAUGGAGAAGCACAAGGAGCUCCAAGAGAAGAAAGCCGAAAGGAUCAAGGACAUGCAGACGAAGACGGCACCCGCUGCUCCGGAGCGCCGUGAAAUCGCGAAGGCCGGGCGUGGCCUCAUGCAGGACAACCGCAGCCGCACACACAGCGGCGCGAGGUAG